AUGAUUCAUCGAUACUCUCCUGAAUCACCUACAUUUCGUGCCAACCUUACAGAAGAAGAUAAAAUUAAGGAAUACGUUCAAAGUUCAAUUAGCAGAUUUAACUCACUAGGAGCACUCUAUGGAACAAAAAAUAUUAGCUCAUCAACCAAAUCGAGUUAUAGUACUGAUGAGUUCAUUCUACCUACAAUACAUGGUUUUGGUCUAUAUUACUAUGUGCAACUUGGGAUUGGUAGUUUUGAACAUUUUCCAAGUUACAAGACUUAUAACUUCGAAUUGGAUACCGGAAAUGAUCUUACAUGGAUGCAAUGCGAAGGUUGUGGCCAAAAUUGCUUUCAUCAAACAGAUGCCCCAUAUCCUGCUAGUCAAUCUAGAACCUAUAAACCAUAUACUUGCAAUCAAUGCCCUUAUGCAUAUGGUGCACGUUGCCAAAGUGAUGGUGCUUGUACAUGGAAUCGUACUUAUGGGGAUGGUUCAUCUUUAAUAGCCAUUCUUGCCUCUGAAACAUUCUCCACUCUUUUUCAAGGUAGCAGCCCAAACAGCCUAAUAGUACAAUUGCAGAAUGUCACGUUUGGCUGUGGAAUUAACAUGCAAAAUUUCAACCAAGGUAGUAUAAAAAAUAACAGGAUAAAUGGAAAAUUGGGAAUGGGUAACGGCGAAUUUAGUUUCCUGAAUCAAGUCAGAGCAUACUUCAAAGGAGUGUUCUCUUACUGCUUACCAUUUGGUGAUUCUACUUUGUACCUCCGAUUCGGCGACGAUGCGAUGCAACUAGUAGACGGACUACAAAAAACAACAAUAAAAUUGUACCCAAGUCUCCCUAGAUACUACUUGGACCUCCAAGGCAUCACCGUCGAUUCUACGUUACUAGAUAUCGAUCCCAAGGUUUUCGCUUUCAAUGAGAAAGAUAUUACAGGCGGGUGUAUAAUAGACCCAGUGCCGAUGUUCUCUACCAUGGCCUCGGAACCCUACAGUAUAAUGGCAUCUGCGGUGAUACACUACAUCGAAAGCGCAAAUUCUAAUGUUCGAAGAUUAAAUGAGUCCGAGACUUUUUUGGGUCUUAAAAUUUGUUACGAACAAAUUUCGACGGAACCAGAUAUUGUUUAUUUUCCUACAAUCAUAUUCCAUUUUGCUAAUGCCACCGCCUUCGUUCUUUCAGAUGAAACAACCUUUAUUUCUAGAAUAUCAAAAGUUACUGGUAAUUACAUAUAUUGCUUCACAAUGCUUGAUAGUUCGGAAAAUGUAGAUACCCGUUUGACGGUUUUGGGAGCACAACAACAGAAGAGUCAUCGGAUUGUAUAUGAUGUUGAUAAUGCUCUACUAUACUUCAAUCCAGCGCCUUGUUAUGGUGAUAAUUGA